AUGAUCAUCAAUAGGCGUAUUUUGAAAUCUUUUGAAGAGAUAAGUCAUUCAUUAGAGGAAUCACUACGAGAGGUUGCAUUUGAUUCACAGCAACAAUUGAUUCAAGACGUACGUGAGGAAAAUGAAGAACUAAGUAGGUUACAAGAUCAAUUACAAUUGAUCAGGUCAAUUGUUGAAAAAAUCUGCAUUUCAAUCAAAACUGACAAUAUUGACUCUUAUUGUUCGGUGCCUUUUGAUUUGCUAUACAAUAUUUGCAAGGACAUUGCUGAUCCCUCAUCCUUUGAAGACGGAGAUUUGCAAUAUCUUGUUAGCCAAGCCAUAUUUGAGUACAUUAUAUUAUUGUGCUACUAUUCUGUGACCAACGAAUGCGUCCAAGGUUUACCUGCCGUGUAUGAAGCUGAACAGUACUACAAAACAGUAAGUGAUUCAAUCCUAAAGUCUUUUCUUUACUGUUUACAAAAUUCAGUAUCGACAAUACGUCUUUUAUCUCAAACUGUUUUGAAGGAUGUAAAUAAGAAAAAACUGUCGCAUCAAAAAUGGUCCCUAAAGGCCUUGUCAGUUGAUUUACUAGAAAAAAUACGCCCAAGAAUAAACAAAUUUAUGGUGAUUCGGAACUUCAGGUUUGUCGGGCUACCGAAGAAACCAAUUGAAAUAGCUUCAUUGGUUUCUGAUAUACCUCGCGGUAUAGUGCACGAAAGACUUGAUAUGGUCACUCAAUCAUCAAAGUAUUAUACUAUUAAACUGGGGCAGUUGAUCACUGAAUUCGAUCAACAACCAGAAGAAAAUGGUAUGUUCACCGAAGUACAUUUACCGAACUACGAAAGACGUCUAAAAUCUUUACAGGACUUCUUUGGAUUAGCCAUGUCUGAUUCGAAUUUACUAGAUGUGAUCCGAUGCUCAGCGAAAUUUCAUAAAGAUCAUCCUUUAAGAAGGUUCACUAAACCAAGUAUAUUGACUAGAUACUGGCCUUCAAUUUUGUUGUGUCUUUUAUAUGGACCAUCUUCUGUUAUGUCGUUGUGGAAUUCCCGGUAUUUUAUUCAAGAUUUCAUUAAGACCAAUGUCGUUGACUUUGCGAAAGGGCUGAUCUUGAACUGGUUAUGGGCACCCCUGAAACAGGUUUGGUCUACUGUUAAGCAUGACGAGGGAAGCGCCAUUUCAGUGACAUCACAGGAGACAUUAAACUCUGACAUGGAUUCUCUUACCAGAAUGAUUGUUAGUUUUGUUGUGGAUAAUAGUGAUUCGACGUCUAACAGCCCCAUAGACCCUAUUCUAUUGAGUACUAAAGUCGAACAUGGUGAUUUGACCGAAUUUAUGGAAAUAUAUGAAACACAACUACAUCAUCCGAUAAAGAAUAUAGCUACGGGUGGAUUAGUCAGGUCUUUAUUGAUUCAACUGCAAAAAACAAAAGUCGAUGGAUCUAUGGCAUUGAAUGGCAUUGAUAAAAUGCUGAAAUCGCAACAGUUGGUGUUUGGAGUUGUAGCAUUAUCUCCGGCUUUAGUGAUACUAUAUUCUUCUAUAGUGGCGUUAAAAAGAUUUGUCAAACUAGGCAAUGUCUGGUCUAAUGAAAAACGGUAUAGGGAGCAAAUAAGUAUAAGUUUGAAUAAUGUGGAAAGAGUUUUGAAUUAUUCUAAACAAGGUGCGGACGCCGAUGAGGAACACUUAAACCAGGGUCUACUAGUGAUUGAGGUUUCUAACUUAUACAAAUUGGGAAGUUUUUUGAUCCCGCGUUCAAGAAAGAAAGAAUGGUUUAGGGACGUUGAGGAACUGGUGGAUACCAAUCUUGACUCCGGAGCUCAUAUAAAUGUCGUCAACAGGAUAUACCACGUAUAUGGCAGGUUUUUAAUCCAUUAG